AGGCUAAGACGCAGUGACCGGGCCUUGUCCAUGUGGGGGAGGAGCCUUCUCGCCAGGGCUGACCGCAACCUGCAGGGCAUGUCUGCAGCGCUCUGGGCCCAUGGACACCACGGAGAAGCGUGCGGGCGAGGCACCCUCGGCCCUGGGCCUGUCCACCAGGAAGGCACUGGGCAUCCUAAAGCAGCAGCUGGAGGCAGUGCUGGACGGUCACCUGAAGGAGCGGAAGAAACGGCUCACGUGGAAGGAGAUGUGGAGGAACAGCUUCUUGCACCAGAGUAACCGCUGCUCCUGUUUCCACUGGCCGGGCGCCUCGCUCAUGCUGCUGGCCGUGCUGCUGCUGCUGGGGUGCUGCGGGGGCCAGCCGGCCGGCAGCCACGGGGUGGAGCUGGUCAACGCCUGCGCGCUCUUCCUCCUGCUGCUGCUCAAUCUGCUGCUCAUCGGGCGGGAGGACCGGCUCAGGCGCAGGGAGGUGGAGCAGCGGCUCCGGGGGAUCAUCGACCAGAUCCAAGAUGCCCUCAGCGAUGGCAGGGAGGUGUUGUGGCCCAGUGCCAUGUACCCGGACCUGCACAUGCCCUUUGCGCCAUCCUGGUCCCUGCACUGGGCCUAUAGGGAUGGCCACCUGGUCAACCUGCCCGUCAGCCUCCUGGUGGAGGGGGACAUCAUCGCCCUGCGGCCCGGCCAGGAGUCCUUUGCCUCCCUGAGGGGCAUCAAGGAUGACGAGCAUAUCGUCCUGGAGCCUGGGGACCUGUUCCCGCCCUUCUCGCCGCCGCCCUCCCCCCGGGGGGAAGUGAAGAAGGGCCCCCAGAGCCCCCAGCAGCACCGGCUCUUCCGCGUGCUGGAGACCCCUGUCAUCGACAACAUCCGGUGGUGCCUGGACAUGGCCCUGUCCCGGCCCGUCACUGCGCUGGACAACGAGAGGUUCACGGUGCAGUCGGCGAUGCUGCACUACGCCUUGCCUGUGGUCCUGGCCGGCUUCCUCAUCACCAACGCCCUGCGCUUCAUGCUCAGCGCCCCAGGGGUCACCUCCUGGAAGUAUACCCUCCUCCAGCUGCAGGUGAACGGCGCAUUGCCCAUCCUCCCGCUGCUCUUCCCUGUGCUCUGGGUCCUGGCCACUGCCUGCGGGGAAGCGCGUGUUCUGGCGCAGAUGAGCAAGGCCUCCCCCAGCUCCCUGCUGGCCAAGUUCUCGGAGGACACACUCAGCAGCUACACAGAAGCCGUCUCCACACAGGAGAUGCUCUGCUGUGUCUGGGAGCACUUCCUGCAGGUGGUCCGGGGCACAUCGCCCACCCUCAGCCACAGCUCAAGCCUGCUGCACAGCCUGGGCUCCGUGACGGUGCUGUGCUGCGUGGACAAGCAGGGCGUCCUUUCGUGGCCCAACCCCAGCCCCGAGACCGUGCUCUUCUUCAGCGGGAAGGUGGAACCCCCGCACAGCAGCCAUGAGGACCUGACGGAGGGCCUGUCCACCCGCUCCUUCUGCCACCCUGAGGUGGUGGAGGAGCCGCAGGAGCGGGAUGCCCUGUUGACAGGGUCCCUGAAUACCUCCUUCCACUUCACCAGCGAGCAGGAGCGCGGGGACUGGCCGGCAGACCGGUCCAAGGCCCCUGAGACGCAUGCCCACCCCAAGGGCCCUGGCCGCAGCAAGCACCACUCCGGCUCCAAUGUCAGCUUCAGCCGUGACACCGAGGGUGGCGAGGAUGAGCCCCGGAAGAGCCUGCCGGGGCUGGACGGCCAGGCCUUCGAGGCCGAGGACUUCGUGUGCGACUACCACCUGGAGAUGCUGAGCCUGUCGCAGGACCAGCAGAACCCCUCAUGCAUCCAGUUCGAUGACUCCAACUGGCAGCUGCACCUCACGUCCCUCAAGCCGCUGGGCCUCAACGUACUGCUGAACCUGUGCAGCGCGGGCGUCACUGAGCGGCUCUGCCGUUUCUCCGACCACCUCUGCAACAUCGCGCUGCAGGAGAGCCACAGCGCCGUGCUGCCCGUGCACGUGCCCUGGGGUCUAUGCGAGCUGGCCCGCCUCAUCGGCUUCACGCCAGGCGCCAAGGAGCUCUUCAAGCAGGAGAACCACCUGGCACUGUACCGGCUGCCCAGUGCCGAGUCGGUGAAGGAGACGUCCCUGGGCCGGCUGUCGUGUGCCACCAAGCGGCGCCCACCCCUCAGCCACAUGAUCAGCCUCUUCAUCAAGGACACCACGACCAGCACUGAGCAGAUGCUGUCCCACGGCGCCGCGGACGUGGUCCUCGAGGCCUGCACCGACUUCUGGGACGGGGCUGACAUCUACCCGCUCUCAGGCUCCGACAGGAAGAAGGUGCUGGACUUCUACCAGAGGGCCUGCCUGUCCGGCUACUGCUCAGCUUUCGCCUACAAGCCCAUGAGCUGCAGCCUGUCCUCCCAGCUCAAUGGCAAGUGCAUCGAGCUGGUGCAGGCACCUGGCCAGGGUGGCAUCGUCAGCACCUGUGAACUGCCCAGUACCAUCCCACUGAAGCUGGGCGGGCGCCGCAACAGCUGGAGCUCUGACGAAGGGAUCGGGGAGGUGCUGGAGAAGGAAGACUGCAUGCAGGCCCUGAGUGGGCAGAUCUUCAUGGGCAUGGUGUCCUCCCAGUACCAGGCCCGGCUGGACAUCGUGCGCCUCAUAGAUGGGCUGGUCAAUGCCUGCAUCCGCUUCGUCUACUUCUCCCUGGAGGACGAGCUCAAAAGCAAGGUGUUUGCCGAGAAGAUGGGCCUGGAGACAGGCUGGAACUGCCACAUCUCCCUGACGCCCAAUGGGGAUCUGCAGGGCUCCGAGAUCCCCCCCUCCAGCCCCAGCCACGCCGGCUCCCUGCACGAAGAUGCCAAUCAGGUGUCCCGAGAUGACCCGGAAGGGCUCCUGCUCAUGGAGGAGGAGGGACACUCAGACCUCAUUAGCUUCCAGCCGACGGACAGCGACCUCCCCAGCUUCCUGGAGGACUGCAACCGGGCCAAGCUGCCCCGGGGCAUCCACCAGGUGCGCCCCCACCUGCAGAGCAUCGACAAUGUGCCCCUGCUGGUGCCCCUUUUCACCGAUUGCACCCCCGAGACCAUGUGUGAGAUGAUCAAGAUCAUGCAGGAGUACGGGGAGGUGACCUGCUGCCUGGGCAGCUCUGCCAACCUGCGCAACAGCUGCCUCUUCCUGCAGAGCGAUGUGAGCAUUGCCCUGGACCCCCUGUAUCCGUCCCGCUGCUCCUGGGAGACCUUUGGCUAUGCGGCCAGCACCAGCAUGGCCCAGGACUCGGACAGCCUCAGCCCACUGCGGCUCUCGGGCCAGCUCAACAGCCUGGCCUGCUCGCUGACUUUCCGCCAGGAGGAGACCAUCAGCAUCAUCCGCCUCAUUGAGCAGGCUCGCCACGCCACCUACGGCAUCCGCAAGAGCUUCCUCUUCCUGCUCCAGUGCCAGCUGAUGCUCGUGGCCAUCCAGUUCCUCGCCUGCCUGGUGCAGCUGCCACCCAUCCUCAGUACCACCGACAUCCUCUGGCUGUCCUGCUUCUGUUUCCCACUGCUCAGCAUCUCCCUGCUGGGAAAGCCCCCUCACAGCUCCAUCAUGUCCAUGGCGACGGGGAAGAACCUCCACUCCAUCCCUAAGAAGACCCAGCACUACUUCCUGCUCUGCUUCCUGCUCAAAUUCAGCCUCCCGGUGGGCUCGUGCCUGGUCUGCUUCGGCUUCACGCUGCAGAGCUUCUGCGACAGUGCCCGGGCCCGCAACCUCACCAACUGCUCCUCCAUCAUGCUGAGCAGCAAUGUGGACACGGCUCCUGCCUGGUUUGAUGACUUUGCCAAUGGGCUGCUGUCAGCCCAGAAGCUUGCUGCAGCUCUGAUCGUCCUGCACACGGUCUUCAUUUCUAUCACACACGUGCACCGCACCAAGCCUCUGUGGAGGAAGAGCCCGCUGACCAAUCUGUGGUGGGCGCUGACCUUGCCUGUGGUACUGCUGGGGCAGCUGGCCCAGACGGCCGUGGAUCUGCAGCUAUGGACGCACAGGGCCAGCCACGUGCACUUUGGCCCGGAGGAUGUGCCUCUGCUGACGUGGCUGCUGGGCUGCCUGUCCCUGGUCCUCGUGGUGGUCACCAACGAGAUCGUCAAACUGCACGAAAUUCGGGUCCGUGUCCGCUACCAGAAGCGCCAGAAGCUGCAGUUUGAGACCAAGCUGGGCAUGAACUCUCCCUUCUGAGCUGCCCACUAAAUGGGUAUCAUGAAUGUUUCAGAGCUGUGGGGGCCAGCUGAGGUCCUAGCCGCCAGGUUCCUCAUUAGGAGACUGAGUCUCCUCCAUGCCUGGCCAGGAGCAUCAUGAAUGUCCAGCCUCAUGCGCCAAGCGGAGGGUCCCCUAACACUGUUGUGCUGCCCGUCAGGGUCCCCUAGUGCCCUGUUCCAGUCUGGGCAGUUGAGAACCUGGGCCCCCUGUGUGAACAUUUCUUGAAGAAGAGUCGGCAGCUGCUGGGGGUUGGAAGUGUCCCUGGGGGUCAUGCCAGAAGUUGGGGUGCUGGUGUGCUCCCAUGCCCCGAACCCUCCCUUCCUGAUGCUGGAACCUGGAGGGGGGACAAGCACUUCCCCUCCCUCCCACUGAGCCCCCCAUGCCUCACCCUACACCCCCUCAGGCUAGCCACCAGAGCAGGUCUUGGGGACCCGACCCAGGCAGAGUUCCCCACCUCACACCCCCACCCAGUUUUCCCGCGAGAAUGUUUUUUACUCUGCGUGUUUUUUACUGAAAAUGAACCUUUAGGAACGAAUGCAGACUGGUUUGUAUUAAAAGUUAUAAACUGCUGAAGAAAAACCCGUGGCUGGUCCACAAAGCCUCAAGAUGGCACCAAGGCCUGGCCAGGGUUGAGCCCUGCGAGUUCCUGGAGGUGCUGGCACAGACCCAAACACAGGCAACCACGUGGAAUGACAAUGACACUUUCAUUGGUGUUAGUGGGGCGUGGGAGGGGUGACGGGUUACAGAGCCGGGUGGGGCCGCCUACUGUGGUCCGAGACCCCGCCCCACUGGCCUCUCUGGCAGUUACAGAAUAAAUUCCAUUUAAAAUAUA